CACAGCCAGUAUAAAAGAGGUUGGUGGAUGUUGGUCCUCAUACUACUCCUGACAAGCAAGAUGAAGUUCCUCGUGAUAUUCCUCUCCCUCACUGCCCUCACAUGGGCUCAAGGAGUCCCAGAGUGUGACUGUGGCGCCUUCAUUACUGAGUCUGCAGAGGAGGAAGAAGUGUUCCCCAUGGAGGCCUUCGAUGUGGAAAACUGUGAAGAUCAACAAGACUGUCAUGAUAGAUGCCGCACAGAGUGGAACGAAAUGACCAGCGAAGGAGACCUGAAUUUCGAGCUUCCCGACGGCAAGACGGUGGGCCAGAGUAUGUGUGACGACCUGGCUGAAGAGGGUAAAGACGUCGUUGGGCCAACUGAAGUGUUCCUGUACGUGAGACUCUGUGAUGGCCCGUGGGAAGACGACGGUGAGGCCACUAAAGAGACGUUGUGUUGUGACGCAGGUCAACACGAAACCUGCGAGUAAAUACCAGCACACAGCCACCCCUUGAGACUUUUACACCUACAUACAAUGAGACAACAUAACAAAUAGAUCAUUGGGUUAAACUUUCAGCAUUAAAAACAAAACAAAUAUUCAGCACAACUAUAAGUUGUGCACCAUUUUCCACCAAACCAAUCAGCAAACUAAAUUGACAACACAGCCUUUUACGGCAAUUACUGCACCCCGAGUACCAACGUUUAAGUAAAGAAAUAUACCGUCACUCAGUCUUACAAGAGGCUACUCACAGAGCUUCUUGCAUCUAAUAGCCGACAAAACGUUUCUACUAGAGCAGCAACUUUUUCUAACUACCAACAAGGAAGAUUCGCCCAAGGACCUAUAACAAUUGCCUUAUUACUUCCAUAAACAUCAUCUCAAAGGAUGUAAUAAAUACUGACACCAAUAAAACCUUAACAGUU